AUGGGCCUGGACGACUCAGCUACUGCGGAGGAGGUAGUGGCCGCCGUCGCUAGGACGGGUGGGUGCUCCGCCGACGAAGUCAAGGCGGGCACCAUACGUCCCGACUUCAGGGGCACGUGCACCAUCACGGUGAGCUGCCCCGUGACGGCGGCCAAGAACAUUGUUGACGGCCGAAGAUUGCUGGUCGGCUGGGUGUCGGCGCAGGUUAAGCUGCUUGACCCCAGACCGCUGAGUGCUUCCGAUGCCACGUCGGGCAUCAUGUGGGUGUCCGUUGCACCUCGGAGGUCGACCGCAGCGCCCUCUGUUUCCGCUGCGGUCAGCCCGGUCACAAGGCCGUGGAAUGCAGCGCCACGCCGCACUGCUCUGCAUGUGCGGCUGCUGGCAAGCCGGCCGAACACCGGGCGGGGAGCAAGACCUGUGCCCCACCCGCCAAGCCGAGUAAGGGCAAGGGUCGGCCGUCCGUCGUUGCCACCGCCGUCACCUCCGCAGUGGCCACCACCGCAGCUCCUGCGGCCGCCGCCGCCCCCAACGCUGCCGCCGCUGUCGCCGUCGCCACUGCUGCUGCAGCGCCCGUCCUUGGGCCUCAAGAGGAGGAAGACGUGA